GCGACAUCUUGUAAAGUUGGUUCUCUCCAGCGGUCGGAAGCUUUGGAUGCUGGGCCUCCCUGAGGUGACGGGAGGAGCGACAGGCUGCGCCGGCUGCUCUGAGAUUCAACAUAGCUGUCGCCGGGGCUGAAGACUGCGGUGCCACGCUCCUCCCCGCGGCUGCCGUGGCGAUUCCGGUUCGGGUUCUGCUUUCAGCAGAAGCACUUAUGGACCCUGCACCGGGCUCUGUGACCUUUGAAGAAGUGGCUGUGUACUUUUCCCAGGAGGAAUGGAGGCUUCUUAACGAGGCUCAGAGACACCUGUACCGUGAUGUGAUGCUGGAGGUCUUUGCACUUGUUGCAUCACUGGGUUGUGGGCGUGGAACAGAGGAUGAGGCAGCACCUUCUGAGCAGAACGUUUCUGUAGGAGGGUCACAGAUAAAUUCUACCCAGAAGGCCUACACCCAGGAACAUGGCCUGGACUCAGAAAGUGAUUUGUAUUCACCAUCACCUUCUGAGUACCUGGGAACAAACCCUGGCCAGAAACUGUGUGGGACACAGAGGAAAGUUCACCAGCAUCAGAAGCAACACAGUGGAGAGAAACCCCUCGGAAGAAACGCGAAGAGCUGUGUAACGCACAUGCCAAGGAAGCCCUUCCCUGAGAGCUCAGGCCUUCUCCAGCACCAGCUCAUUCACAGCCAGGGGCCACCACCUAAGGACACCAGCUGUGCAGAGCUUUUUCGCAACGGACAAAAGCACUAUAAGUGCAGUGAAUGUGGGAAAGCCUUCUGUCGCAGAUACAGACUUGCUCAGCAUCAGAGAGUCCACACUGGAGAAAGGCCUUAUGAGUGCAAUGAGUGUGGGAAAACCUUCAGCUACAAACACAUACUUGUUCAGCACCGGAGAGUCCAUACUGGAGAGAGGCCUUAUGAAUGCAGCGAAUGUAGUAAAGCCUUCAGUAACAAACCCACACUUGUUCGGCACCAGCGAAUUCACACUGGAGAAAGGCCUUAUGAAUGCAGCCACUGUGGGAAAUUCUUUAGCCAAAGCUCCAGCCUUAGUGAACAUCAGAGAAUUCACACUGGGGCACGGCCUUAUAAAUGUAGUGAGUGUGAAAAAUUCUUCACCUCCAACUCCAACCUGAUUAAACAUCGGAGAGUGCACACAGGAACAAGGCCUUAUGAAUGCAGUGAAUGUGGGAAAUUCUUUAACCAAAGUCCCAGCCUCAUUAAACACCAGAGAAUUCACACUGGUGAAAAGCCUUAUGAAUGUAGUGAAUGUGGGAAACUCUUUAGCCAAAGCUCCACCCUCAUCAAGCACCAGAGAGUUCACACUGGAGUAAGGCCUUAUAAGUGCAAUGAAUGUGGGAAACUUUUUAGCCAAAGCUUUGGCCUCACUCAACACCAGAGAGUUCAUACUGGAGAAAAACCCUAUGAGUGCAGUGAAUGUGGAGAAUUCUUUAGCCAGAGCACGCAACUUACUCAACACCGAAAAGUUCACACCCCAGAAAACCCUCAUGAGUGCAGCAACUGUGGCAAAGUCUUCAGCCAAAGGUCUGCUCUGAUUGACCACCAGAAACUUCACAGCCCAGCUAGACCUUACAAGUGCACCGAAUGUGGGAAAGCCUUCAGCCGGAGGUCUAACCUCAUUCGACACCAGAAAGUGCACACCGGAGAAAGGCCUUUCAGUGGAGGUGGAGAUAGCAGGGAAUGAGCCUGGUGUUUAACACAGAAGCCUACCACCACCACAUGUCUGAACACGCUGGUCGUAGGGAGCCAUGUUGUUCUUUCUAACCUGUCCAGGACCCUUGCCACAUUUGUCACUGCAAGUUUCUUUGGUGGGUGUCCCAACUUUGUAUGCUUCAGUGGGGAUAGAUCGUAUCAUGGCACGGGCUAGCGGUCACUCUGGUUUUGGCCUGAUUUACAUUGCAACCCCAAAGCCGCCUAGGAUAGACUACAGGGCAGUGCUUUUUGUGUGACUAAUCUUGUAAUCCAGAUGUUAGGGUUUUCUGUGGGUGUAGAGGUCUCCCUGAGAGGACAGUUGUAAGAAUCAUGUGUUUUUUGAUUCAGCUUCUCUUUUUCACCUUGGAGGUCACAUGAUGUCCCCAGGUCUCUCGGGUCCCAAGAGAGAGCCAUGUUUGGAAGGCUGGUCUCCCUGACUCCAGGCAUCAGGUAGGAACCGCAUUCAGUACAAAAACACUGGGGGCAGUAGGCAGUGAGGAAAAAAACCAGCAAACUGGAGGGACUGUGAUGCUUACACAUUCCAGGGAUCAUGGCUGGUUUACAGUAAGGUUCUUGCAGAAAUUCUGAGGCCCUUAAGAGCUAACUGCUCCUCUUGCUCUCCAAGUUAAAGAAAGGUGGGGGGAAGGGAGAGUUGAAAACAGAACUAGAAGCCCAGACCCCCAAAGGCAGUAGGUAUGUGAUUUUUAUGACCAACGGAGACUUGGGCUCCCUGUUUCUUUGGACCUAUCCAGGUGAGCUCCAGUGGAAUUGCUUGCCCGCUAGUACACAGCAGAGCUCCCCCUCAUGCUAGAGGUGCAGCUAUCGAACCUAGGGUUGCCAAAUUCCUACUUUUCCCGAAGAGAGGUUCGGAUUUUUAUGUGAAACCAUUUCUGCUUGGCAUGCAAUAUACUUAUUAAAAUGUACUUUGUAAGGUCACUUAAUAAUGGGUGUGCACAAAACAAAAAUGCAACACCUGGUACACUAGUAAAAUUUUAACCAUAAGUAUUUUCAUCUUUUAAACCUUUUUCUGUCUGGCCUCCCAGGCAAAUACUAUUUUGUGUUCUCUAGAAUUUGACAUCAUUGGAAUCUUAAUGUGGGUACCAAUCUUUUUUUUUUUUAAGAUUUUAUUUGACAGAGAAUGAGAGAGAGCACGAGAGGGAAGAGGGUCAGAGGGAGAAGCAGACUUCCUGCUGAGCAGGGAGCUCUAUGUGGGACUCAAUCCCGGGACUCCAGGAUCAUGACCUGAGCCGAAGGCAGUUGCUUAACCAACUGAGCCACCCAGGCGCCCAAUGUGGGUACUACUCUUAAAGUUGGCUUCUUAAGGGUACAUAAUACACUGUUAUUUGUUCAUCCAUUCACCUAACAAAUGGGUUUUCUGGUUUGUGUCCUGGGGCUGUCACAGGUAAGCUUACUGUGAACAUACAAAUCCUCUCAAAAUGGGUUUUGAUACAGCUAGCAGUGCAAUGCCUGAGUCUCUAAAGUGCUCGUGGUUACUCUGGUUUUCCUCUCCUCCUCACCAAUUGAAACGUGGUCACCUUUGUUCCAGUCUUUUUGUCAUUAAUGGUUUUAAAAGGUGUGUUUAAAAGGUGUGUAGUGGUAUGUCACCAUGGUUGAAUUACGCAUUUCCCCUAACAAAUUCACAGUUUGCCACCUGUACCUCUCCCCUGCGUAAAUAUUUGCCAAUUCCAGUUGCUCUGAGUGCUGAUGAAGACAAAAAAAAAGUGUUGGAACUGUGCUAGUGCAAUAAAAAUUAAAAAGGAAACCAAUUAACUUUCA